CCUGAGAAGCCAACAUAAAUAUAUAACCACCUUUGCCGCUUUGCCCAAACACACUCUGAAAUGGCCCCCACCGGACGGAGGAUGGCAGCCACUGCAGCCACCGCUUUGGUGCUAUGUUUAGUUGCAUGCGGCAGCCCCAGCAUCGGGCGCAGUCACCGACGGCCAUGGCAGCUGCUCCGGGGCCGGCGACAGGUGGCAAUGAUUGCUUCACGGCGUUGGCGAACAUGUCAGACUGCCUAUCGUAUGUGGAAGAAGGAAGCAAGCAGAAGAAACCGGACAAAGCAUGUUGUCCGGAGCUGGCAGGGCUUGUGGAUGGCAACCCUAUUUGUCUGUGUCAGUUGCUGGCAAAGCCUGAAUUCGCCGGCGUCAAGCUUGACCUCAACAAGGCUCUCCACCUUCCUUCUGUUUGUGGCGUUUCUACUCCCCCCGUUUCUACCUGCUCUGCCGUGGGAGUGCCAGUGUCUUUGCCUCCAUCUAGCAGCAGCACUGUAAAGCCUCCAUCAUCAUUAUCACCAAUGGGGGCGGGGGCGCCGGGACCUGCGGGAGGCGGCGGAUGUAUGACGGCGCUGAUGAACAUGUCGGAGUGCCUGACAUAUGUGGAAGAAGGGAGCAAGCAGAAGAAACCGGGAAAAGCAUGCUGUGGAGAGCUGGCAGGGCUUGUGGAUAGCAAUCCUAUUUGUCUGUGUCAGUUGCUGGCAAAGCCUAACUUCGCGGGCGUCAAGCUUGACCUCAACAAGGCUCUUCGCCUUCCCUCUCUCUGUGCUGUUUCUACUCCUCCCAUUUCCACCUGCUCAGCUGUGGGAGUUCCAGUGUCUUUGCCUCCAUCCAGCAGUGUAUAUUCCCCAUCACCAUCGCCAGAUGGUCAGCUAGCACCCGCCAGUCCUUCAGAUCUUGCUUCUCCUUCGCUAUCUCCUGGAGGAUCACUGACAAGCCCUCCAGGAAAUGGAGCCAAAAGCCUUAAUCCCUCUGGCCUGCCCUUCAUUUUUGGAUUGGCAACUAUUUUACUUCCCAUUAUCUUCUGAGAUUUAACUUCACAAUCUGUUUCUCCGUUAAUUAUCAUUUCCAGACAUUUUCAUACAUUAACUUCAUUAUUAUUGUUAUUCAUGUCAGUGACCAUGCCUUCACUCAGGCUUUUAUUUUGACGCACGCUUUCUACUAUUUUUAUCGGUGAAUAACAUGCACAUUCCAAUC